CUGGAAGCAACGGAUUUUGUUCUGUUAAUAGCUCAAGGUGAUGGUAUCUUAUGCAUGCUCACAAUAUCAUCUAUCCUCCUCCAUCUCCAUCAUAGUAGUUUGGAAUCCUUUUACCAAAGAACAUAAGAGAUUUAUGCUAUCUCUAGAGCUAAACUACCAAGGUCUUGGGUUUGGGUAUGAUUCCGCCAUUGAUGAUCAUAGGGUUGUAUUCAUCACAGGUUCAAGAAAGAUCCACAGCAUGAGGUUGAAGACAGGUCUGUUGAACACUGGUGUACAGAGUGUAGAUUACCAAUUUACCAUAUCUACUUACAAUAGAAAGGCAAUGGUUGUCGAUAAUUGUCUCUACUGGAUGGUCAGGAAAGAGGUACCUGGGAUGCUUGUGUGUGUUGGGACUUCUGGAAGGUUGUCUUUGUUUGGCAAGCCUUUUGAUAAUAUUCAUUCUGAUGUGUGGGUAAUGGAGGAAAACCAGGUAACCAAAACAAAAUCUUGGAUCAAGUUGUUUAGAAUACCCAAAAUUGGGCAACUUGGUGAUGUGGAUCUUGUGUAUCUACCUGUAUAUCCCAUGGCUUUCACCGGAAGUGGGCAAGUUUUGAUAAGUGAAUGCGGUAAAUUUGGAUUAGGUCUUUUCGAUUUGAAAGACGGAUCGUUCAAGGAAAUUGCAAUCCAUAGCCCUUAUAGAUAUUGUUUAGCUCCCAAUUUUUUUCAUUUUGGGUUAACUCAAUAUGUGCAGAACUUGGCUUCAUUGGGGGCAUGAACUAGAUUUUCACAGUGAUGAAUGUUGGACGUUUCAUUUGAUUAAAUGUUUUUUCUUCUCAAUAGAAUUAAUUAGAUAUA